GCAGUAGAUGUCGUCAUGACUCUCUUCAUCAUGGAUGUGUUGUUAUUUUGUUAUGAUCGAAAAAUGAAAAGGUGGCCGUGUUCUUUGUUAACGAGCACCUGUUGUUGAUUUCAGGAUGAAUGACAUGAAUCUGAGUCCGGUGGGCAUGGACCAGCUCAGUGUGCCCUCGGUCAGUGCCAGCCACCUGGGUUUGCCCACCUCCCCUCCUCACAACAGCAUCCCAACUCCAGGAAUGCCUGUAGCCAUUCCCAGCCUGGGUCCUUCUCUGGGGUCCCUCCCCUCUGCUCUGUCCCUGAUGCUGCCCAUGGGACCUCUGGCAGACCGUGGAGUCAUGUGUGGCUUACCAGAGAGGAACUACUCGCUGCCUCCUCCCCCGUACCCACACUUGGAGAGCAGUUACUUCAGACACAUAUUACCUGGGAUCUUGUCGUACCUGGCUGACCGUCCCCCACCUCAGUACAUUCACCCCAGCAGCAUCAACAUGGACGGCACCUUGUCUGUGUCCAGCAACAGUCAGUCAGGUCUGGAUCCAUACAGCGCCCCAGGUGGCCCACUGGAGCAAGGCCUCGUCCCCAUGGACUCUCGACAGGUCAGCGGGCAGGGAGACCUUCACCAACCUGUUGCCCAUGAACUGGACUCUGCAGGCCUGACCAUGGAGUCUCGGGUCAGUAGCCCCAUGUCCCCCGAUAGGAUGGGAGAGGAGCUGGCCUCAAUGGACGGGGUGGGGGUGGUGUCAGACCCCCAGCAGCAGCUCGGAGGAGGACGCCAGCCUCAACCCCACGAUGGCCUGUCUGGUGUAGACUCUUCAGGUGGUGUGAUGCCCCUUCAUGGUCCCCCUGUACUGGAGCUGCCCGUGGUGAUGGAGUCGGACCACAUGGGCGGGCGUGUGGGGAAUUCUGGUGGUGGGGCAGGAGGAGGACUUGGGGAACAACUGCACAGUACCGCAGAGAUGAACUCAGGUGUGGUCAGUGUGGUCCUCUCUGGGUCCAUGACCAGCCAGGGUCCGCUGGGACCCCUGCACGGUCACUCCGGGCUGGGUCUGGAGGCUGUCAAUGUGUCCCCCAUAACUGCUGAAGUUUCACUGGGUCCAGAGAGCAACCUGGUUCUGGUAAACUCCAGCCUGCAACUAGAAGACUCUACAUCCAACAAGGAGAACUUGGUGCCGGCUUUCACCAUUUGGUGCUCUUUGUGUGAACGUUCUUAUACCUCUGACUGUCCUGAGCAUGGACCAGUUACUUUCAUUCCUGACGCCCCCAUCCAGAGCCGAGCCCGACUGUCUCUUCCCCGACCUCUGUGCCUGCGAAUCUCUGUCAACGAUGAGCCGCUUGGUGUGUUUGCUCGUGACAUGAUACCACCCAGAACCUGUUUUGGACCUCUGGUGGGUCAGCAUUGCAGCAACGUGGAUCUGUCCGAUUGGCCGGAGAAGGAGACGCCUCAGAUCUGGAAGAUGUUUCACAACAAUGUUCUGGAGUUCUACAUCGUCACCACAGAUGAGAAUCAGAGUAACUGGAUGAUGUUUGUGCACAAAGCCCGGAGCCGUGAGGAGCAGAACCUGGUGGCGUACCCAGCCAAUGGGAAACUCUACUUCUGCACCACCACAGAGAUUCACCCGGAGCAGGAGCUGCUCUUCUACUACAGCAGGGACUAUUGCAGACUCACAGGUGUUCCUCCGCUGCCUGAGGGUCCAUUGUGUCAGUGUGGUAAAGAGUGUUCGUCGUUCUCUGAGCUUAAGUCUCAUCUGGGCAGCCACAACCGCAGUGUCACUCACAGCCAGAGUCCUUUGCAGCAGGAGCAACAUCUGCACCAAGAGCAGCAGCAGCAGCAGCAGCAACAGCAGCAACAACAACAGCAACAACAGCAACAACCACCCCAGCAGCAGGAGGAAGAGAAGCUGACCACCUCCAGCUCCUCCUCCUCCCCCUGGCCCUGCCAUCCUCAUCCUGGCACUGCUCAGACUAGCGAGGAGGUCGCCAGCCAGAGCCAAGUUGUGAGGACGCCCGCCACGGGCAGAAGCAAGUCUCAGGGAAACGUGCGUGAGAAAAAGUUCAAGUGCAACAUGUGCUCACGGGCAUUUAUCACCUCCACCAAGCUCAACGUGCACUUCAUGGGUCAUGUUGGAAUGAAGCCACACAAGUGUGAGUACUGCAGUAAGGCCUUCAGCGAUCCCAGCAACCUUAGGAUGCACCUCAAGAUCCACACAGGUCAGAAGAACUACAGGUGCAGUGUCUGUGAGAAGUCCUUCACACAGAAGUCUCAUGUGGCGUCCCACAUGCUGAUCCACACGGGUGCCGAGAAGCACAAGUGUGACCUGUGCGACCGAACGUUCAUCAGGAAGCCCGACCUGAAGCAACACAUGUUCUCACACACACACGAGCGUCGGAUCCAGUGUCCCAAGUGCAACAAGCACUUCUUGAAAACCAACCACCUGAAAAAGCACAUGAACUCUCACGAGGGCCGUCGGGACUUUGUCUGCGAGAAGUGCCACAAGGCCUUCCUUACCAAGUACCACUUGACUCGCCACCUCAAGAUCUGCAAGGGGCCCAAGACGGAGCGGGCCAGCCGCAAGGAGCAGGAGGAAGAUGAGGAGGAAGAGGAGGUGGAGGAGGAUGGAACUGUGAGAGGGCAAGGGACAGGGCUGGUGGACCCUACACACACUGAGGACUGUGGUCUGGAUGUAGGAGGCUACCACUCUGAAAAGUCGCUAUCACCGACGUAGCAUUAGCACUCUGAACGUUAGUCCAUGUGCCUUGCUUUGCAGCGUGUGUCAAGUUUGGAAAUGUUGGCCGAUCACUACCUCCAUUUAACACCUCGACUUCAUGCUAGAUGUUGGUGCUGACUCUGUUUUUUUGUUCAAUUCUAAUUUAUUUACUAUGAGUUGUCCGCAAGCCUCCCAAAAUGAUGAAUCAUGCUGGCAUGUCACCUGCAGCGCUGUGAAAUAUUAUUGUAACGUUUCAGUGUAGAAAACAAAUUUCACAAAGUAAAAUCCAGAAAAAUAAUGUCAAAAGGAACUGAAAGACUCACAUUGGUGGAUGUAAAAGAACUAACUCCUCCGUUCCUCUGAAUUCAGUUGCAAGUUGAAAUAGCUCUGCCGUUGAACUGCUGCUAUUCAAAUCACUAAGAUUCCACUGAUGGUAAAGUGUACGCUGUGCUUAUGAAGACAAGAACCAGGUUUGUUGCA